AUGAAAUCGACCGCGUUGGAGACGCUGGAUAUGGGUAUAGAUCACAGGAAACCAGGGGCCUCCCAAGAAGGUGGGACGGCACUGGACGCCGAUGAAAUGCAUCGCAUGGGAAAAAUUCAAGAGUUCAAGAGAAACAUGCGACCUCUUGCGGCAUUAAGCUUUGCGUCGGUCUUGCAAGCUACUUGGGAAUAUCUGAUCAUGUCAAACUACCAAGGAUUAGAAAAUGGAGGCCUAGCAGGCAUGUUCUGGUCAUACAUUUGGACAUUUAUCGGAUUCGGAUUCAUUAUUGCCUCGUUGUCGGAGAUGGCUUCGAUAGCACCCACUGAUGGAGGUCAAUACCAUUGGGUAUCGGAGUUUUCUUCGCCUCGGCACCAGAAGUUUCUUAGCUACAUCACUGGCUGGAUGUCCGUACUGGCGUGGCAAGCUGGAACAGCUUCUGGAUCCUUCCUCACCGGCACCAUCAUCCAGGGAUUGAUCAGCGUUCGUAAUCCGGAUUACGAUCCUAAAGGCUGGCAAGGCACCCUACUUGUGUUUGCAAUGGUUCUGGUGUCAUACACUUUUAAUGUUUAUGCAUCAGACCUGAUGCCAAUCCUGAGUAACCUCUUGAUGAUCCUUCACGUCCUUUGCUGGGCAGUGAUCUUGAUUAUCCUAUGGGCUCUGGCUCCUCAUCGAUCUGCUGAAGCAGUUUUUGUCUCCGAUUGGCAAAAUCUAGGGGGGUUACCUACAAUGGGACUGAGUGUGAUGGUCGGACAAAUUUCAGCUAUCUACGGAUGUCUUAAAGAAAGUAACCAGCCCUUAGGCUCCGAUGCGUGUGCGCAUAUGUCCGAAGAGAUCAAAGACGCCGGCCGGAAUGUUCCACAGGCUAUGGCCUGGGGAUAUUUCAUCAAUGGAAUCAUGGCUGCCAUCUUACUGAUUGCCUACCUCUUCGCCACCCCAUCCGUCGAGGAUUCUCUAAACGACAUUACCGGAUUCCCAUUCCUCUACGUGUUCAAGCAGGCUACCAACACGGCAGGAGUCAACGGGUUAACAGCCAUCAUCUUGAUACCUGUCAUUUUCAGCAACAUCAUGUUCAAUGCCUCCACCUCUCGGCAAACAUGGGCUUUUGCUCGUGACAACGGUCUUCCCUGUUCCCGAUGGAUUUCCAAAAUUGAUUCUAGGCGCAAGAUUCCUGUCAAUGCUAUCGCCCUCACUUGUAUCUUCAGUUGUCUGCUUUCUCUGAUCAAUAUCGGCUCUGAUACUGCAUUCAACGCUAUCAUCUCUCUUAACACCGCUGCCUUGAUGUACACCUACGUGACCUCAAUCAGCUGUGUGAUCUGGCGAAAGAUCUGGCAUCCCGACAGCCUACCUGUUCGUCGAUGGGAUAUGGGGCGGAACUGGGGUUUGGCUGUGAACAUUAUUGGUCUGUGUUACUGCAUUUUCGCGAUGUUCUGGUCAUUCUGGCCAGGUGAGCUGCCGGUCACUGCCGAAAAUUUCAACUGGAGUGUCGUGAUCUUCGGGGCGGUUUUCAUUCUCAGUCUUAUCAUGUAUGUCAUCAAGGGACGGAAAGAGUAUUCUGGCCCAGCUGUGGACGUCAAACGUGAGGACUAG